CCGAUCGCAUUGCAUCUUCAUGGCGAUUACGUUCCGCAAUGUGUAUCUGUUUGACUUGGAGGCGUCCGCACGUCAGUCUCAUGCGGCAAAGAAUUCCAAGGUCAAACCGGGGAAGAAGAGGAAACAGAAGCACAGAAAGCGGAACGAAGCAGUCGUCCCUGAUCCCUUUGAACUUGCAAGGGAAGCUGAAGAAGCAGCACAACAGAAACUUCUUCAAGACGAAAUGGAUGCAGUCGGCAUGGCUGGCAUGCUUCCGUUGUCGUUUGGAUCGACCAAACAACGUCAGUGCACACGGCUCCACACCGUUGGCGACCUCACAGUAGAGACCAAGCCCCUAUCCCGUCGGCAGACUCCACAGUACAUUACGUUCGAUGACGAUGGAGAAGGCGUCGAAGUAGACCCUCCCGUUGUCCCGAUAUUGCGCAAACGGCCGUUGGACGAGGAAACUCCCGUUGAGGAGGACGAUGCCCAAGGAACAAACGCCGCGGUCCUACCUCCUCACAAGAAACCAACUCGUAUCCACCCGUCGCUGCAGAAGUAUUGGGCGCAGCGGUACGCGCUCUUCUCCAAGUUUGACGACGGCAUCGAGAUGGAUCAUGAAGGGUGGUUCUCAGUCACCCCCGAAGUGAUUGCCGCGCACCACGCGACGCGCAUUGCAUGCGACGUGGUGGUGGAUGCGUUCACUGGAUGCGGGGGCAACGCGAUCCAACUUGCACGCACAUGCCGCCACGUCAUCGCGAUUGAUCUCGACCCAACAAAGAUAGCUAUUGCGAAGCACAACGCUGGAAUCUACGGUGUCGCGGACCGCAUCGAGUGGAUUGUCGGUGACAGCUUUGCCAUUUUACCACGGUUGCACCACGUGGAUGUGGUGUUUUUGUCCCCGCCUUGGGGAGGUCCGGCGUAUUUGUCCCAACAGAAGUUCUCCCUCCAAGACAUGCGCAUGGGGCGUCACGACGGCAUCGAUCUGUUCAAGAUCGCGACGGCGCUGACCAAGGAUAUCGUGUACUUCGUCCCGAGGAAUGUGGACACGAAGCAGGUGAAGCUCUUGCAGGAUCCAGAGCGAGAUGAAGUCGUGGAAGUCGAAUACAACUACCUGAACCACAAGCUCAAGACGGUCACCAUGUACUUUGGCAGCCUCGCAUGCCGAACGUACGAUGCAGACGUCGAGGGGAGUGACGUUGUCGACGGCGAACAAGAUGGCGACGAGGACAUACUGUGCACGGUCGAGGAACAGUAGAUUGGGAGACUUACAACGGAGAUGGGGGCAACGAAGGCAAUCCAAAUUCUUCCGUGUACAUGGCAGCCAUUGAGUUGUACGCAAGCAUGUCCCCUGCUCGAAUCAUGUUGCCGGCAUCGCAAUUCAAUGGGGAGUCGGCGGCAGGGUCCGACAAGAGAGACGACACUGCGAGGCACGCCGCCCGCAAAGUCCAUGCUGGAGACCAUUCGCGCUUAAGAAUGUCCAGGCAGAUGCUGCCAUCGACGAAGUGCACGUUUGGAUGGAAGAUCUUGGUGACGAAGCGCAUCUUGGGCGGCUCCAUCGGGUACAACGGCGUCGUGACAAUGCGAAGCUCAAACACACGGUGCUGGAACGGGGUGUCCACAGGCCCUGUGAUGAACGCCUUCCAUUCAGUCACAGUGUCUUCAAGAGGGAAGAGCACCAUGUCCGCUUCCGGGCUCUUGCGCAGCUCGACCAGCUCCUUCCGCAGCCGCUUCACGUUCGUGUUCAUGAUGGUUUCUGCGGGAAUUCCUAACGUGCUUAGAAUCAGG